GUAUAUGUAGGUAGGAAUAGAAAACCGCAUGACGUCUUCACUAGCACUGUUAAUUUUGUUUAAGUGUUCCAGUCGUUAAGGUGGAUGUAAUCUCGGUUUCUGUGGCAAUCCAAAUCGUUAAGUCAUGAGAAAGGUCUUAACACUCGAUACCAUAAAUCCGAAUUUGAUAAAGGUAGAGUAUGCGGUACGCGGUCCAAUUGUAGACCGUGCUCUACAAAUUGAAAAAGAACUGAAACAGGGUGUUAGCAAACCGUUUAAAGAAGUCGUGAAAUGUAAUAUUGGUGAUUGUCAUGCCACUGGACAAAAGCCAAUUACAUUUAUUCGUCAGCUAACAGCCCUUACAACACUGCCCAAUCUGUUUGAUGACAAAAGUCUCCCUGAAGAUGCUAAGUCUAGGGCUACGGCAAUCCUCUCCGGAUGUUCUGGUUCAAGUGUAGGUUCCUAUAGUCAUUCACUUGGACUUGAAGUGGUGCGUAGGGACGUGGCAAAAUACAUAUACGAGCGAGAUGGUGUUGAAUCAAACUGGGAAGAUAUUUUUCUGUCGAAUGGUGCCACAGAAGCUGUAAAGGUUUUACUCCAGAUGAUAUCUACAGGCGCUCAAGGCAACGCUCGAGCUGGUGUUAUGAUUCCAAUUCCACAGUAUCCUCUCUAUUCAGCUACGAAUUCAGAAUUCAACAACUAUCAGAUCAACUACUAUUUGGAUGAAAAUGACAAUUGGGCAUUAUCCACAAGUGAAUUGGAGCGUGCUCUGGCCAGUGCAAAAAAAGAGUGUAUACCAAGAGCUAUAGUUAUCAUCAAUCCGGGGAAUCCAACUGGUCAAGUCCUAUCACGCAAAUGUAUGGAGGAUAUAAUAAAAUUUGCCGUUGAACAUGAAUUAGUGAUGAUAGCCGAUGAAGUUUAUCAACAUAAUGUUUAUCAGCCGGAGAAAUUUCCCUGGACUAGCUUCAAAAAGGUUUUGUCUGAAAUGGGUUCAAAAUAUGCAGAUAAAUUGGAACUGGCCUCUUUGAUGUCCUGCAGUAAAGGUUACAUGGGAGAAUGCGGUUUCCGUGGUGGUUAUUGUGAAUUGAUAAACUUUGAUGCUGAUGUAAAAACACAACUAUUCAAGGCUCUUUCAGCACGAUUAUGUCCACCUUUGUUGGGUCAGGUGGCAUUGGAAGCCGUUGUGAAUCCACCCAAACCAAAUGAACCCUCUUAUGCUCUUUUUGUUAAAGAACGCGAUAGUGUAUUAAAUGCGUUAAAAGAAAAAGCUGAAUUAACGUAUAACUCGUUAAACUCACUACCGAAUAUGUCUUGUAACCCAGUACAGGGUGCAAUGUAUGCUUUUCCGCGGAUACAUAUACCACCAGCAGCUAUUCAGGAAGCUAAAAAAAAAGGACAAGCUCCAGAUUUCUUUUAUUGUUUACAAUUAUUGGAAGAAAAAGGUAUAUGUGUUGUUCCUGGCUCUGGUUUUGGACAGAAGGAGGGGACAUACCAUUUCAGGACAACUAUUCUACCAUCCGUUGAAAAAAUGAAAUAUGUUGUGAAACAACUGGAAGAAUUUCAGAAAGCUUUCAUCAAGAAGUAUUCCUAAUUUUUUAUACCUAAAUUUGCAAUCACACAAAUAUUAGCUGUUAGAUAGCAGUAGUCGCGACCACAUUUGGAUCGCUUGAAUCUUUUUUUAUUUAUCUGUUUUCCGUUUAACAGUAUGUCCGCAAAACUCUGUCUUUGAAUAAUUAUUUCUGCAGUUUAUCACUGUGUAUAUGUCAUACAUGUAAUAUGCAUAAAUAUGUGCAGAUUCUUAUUUUAUAAACUAAUAUUACUUUGAAAAUUAUUGUUUUCAGUCUUUUCCAUUAUUCCCUCAUUCUUCAGUUUAUACAUAUGGAAUUUCCAAUGAAAAAAAAAUCCCACGAAAUAUAUUUAUUUCAUUU